ACCUCCUCUCUGUCCUCUUUGUGCAUUCCUCCUCUCCCACCCAGUUCAUGCUGUGCCAACUGCCAAAACGUCUCUUGGAUUCCUCUUUCUAGGCAAUAAAUCAGCUAAAUUUAGCCCAAACCGUUGUUGUUCUCGUUUCCUGAUUCUCUCUCUUUCAUUGUUAUUUCUCUGUCUGUUACUGCACUUGUUGAAUCUUGAUGGUCAUCAUCACCAUCUUCUCAUCAAAUGUUGCAUAUACCAUUUUUACCCUAAAAGACAGCGACUUGAUCAUUGGAUACCAACCUAAUUCCUCUCAAAGACAGUUAUGUCUGAGCCCUAGUAAUUUUGCGCAUCCGAUAAUUAAUGGGGAUUUGGGAUUUGAACCAAUUUCGUUAGCUGCUUGUGUGAAUCUGAAAUCGGGAAGACCCUGAUUGAAAAUCACCAACCCCCAAUGCCCAAACCCAUAUCUUUGAAGAACCCUAACUCUUGAAGCGGCAAAUCAAGAGUUUGGCAUCGAACCCAUUUGUUGAUUGGUUUGAAGAAUACCAAAGCCAGUUCCAUAUAUCAUCCGCGUAUCGUCAAUUCUUAGCUUUUGAAUUGCCGGCGAGAGCAGAGGAAAUCAGGGAUCUGGGGUCGAACCCAGAUGCGAGAAGGCAUUGGAUUCCCCUUCUGUUACAUUAAUUCGCAUUGAAUCAAGGCUUUCAUGGAAUCACCAUUGGCAACAUUGUAUCUUCUAAUACUAGGGCUCGUAUUCGCCAUCUCUGCUCUUCUAGUUGAUUCACAACAACAAAAUCAACUAACCAUCGUUAAAUCACAAUCACAACCAACAAGUGUUGCCACACCCCCUCCGCCACCGCCCUCGUCGACACCCCCACCCCCACCUUCACCUCCGCCCCCACCUCCACCUCCACCACCUCCACCGCCACCACCACCUCCUACUCCACCUCCUCCGCCAUCAAAUGAUUUGUCACCACCUCCUCCUCCUCAUUCUGGGGAAAGAAACAGGAAGGUGUCUCCACCACCACCGCAGCCCAAUUCACAUGAAUUCAGAAAGAGGGUGCCACCACCCAAAAGUGACAAGCUCAAUACAGGGAAGAAAAUUGGAUUGUUGUUUGCUGGUAUUGCCGGAAUCUUGCAGAUUGGUGUGGUCGGCUUCUUGGUGUAUAAGAAGAGGCAGCUUUUGAAGGUCAGAGAGAUAUAUUGAACUUGCACAUGAAUAUCCUAUACUUGUAACUAUGUGGCUUUGGUCUCAACAAUGGGAGUUCUUACUCGGUUAAUUGACAAUUGCAACACGCUGGUGGAUUUUAUUGGGUGUGGAAUUGUUUGAUGGAAGGAUUGAUUUGGGUCCUGCAGUUUCUCUGUACAUUGGAAUGGGUAAUUAUUGAUUGGCAUUGUCAUAUUCUUCCUUCAUUGAUAUUUUUUUGUUCUUGAUGUAGUUUAUCUACACGGUUGAUGUUGAUAAUGCAAGUGAGAGCAAACCCUUAUUUUUCUUGUGUUGGGUUUUUUUUUAACAUUUAGAAGCAAUUGUAUGAAGCCUUGAAGGAUAAAAAGAAAUGCUUUAUCUGACUUGCAUUA